UUGUUGCUUGGCUCGCUAGCUGUUAGCUAGCGGCUAAUGUUACGCUAACGAUGCUACCCUGUUUCUGAUAAAUCUGCACAUACCGAGAAACACACAUAGAGGUAUCUUUUACAAAAGACACUUCUGCUGUUAAAGACUGCUUGAUUGUGUCUAGGACGAUGAAUGGAAACCAUCCUUCAGCUGUGUGGAGAUGACCAGCCACCCCAUAGGGAAUGGUCAGAAUGGGGCCAGACGUGCCCCUUCUCAAUGAGUACAAGCAGGAGUUCUUCUGGAAGCGCUUCCCCCAGACUGUACUGGGGGGUCCACGCUUCAAGUUGGGCUACUGUGCCCCGCCCUAUGUCUACGUCAACCAGGCGGUCUUGUUCCUGACACCAUGGCUAUUUGGGGGCAUCGGUACCCUGCUCUGCCAGCUGCAGCUGCUUCAGGAGCUCCAUGCCGCUGUGCUCUCUGGUAUGCUCAUGCUCGGGGCUGCAGCGGGUGUCCAGGCCCUGGCGCUGUAUGCGGCUCGGAGGAGCGGGACAGUGGAGAGGCUGGGGGCACCGAACAUCCUGGCUGAUGAAGAGGAAGUGGAAUUCACCCACUGUGUCAGCCCAGAGACUGUCAGGUUCAUUGCCCCCGGGAAGAGGUUUGGGCUGAAUGUGGUGCUGCAUACAGUGCUGGCUGGGGUGCUCUGUGGCUUUGGGACCUGGUAUGUGUUCCUUGGCAGACUUACUGCUCUCUACGGCAGUAUUGGAGUAUCCCUGGUUGUUUUUGUUUUAAGUUGGGUUACCCUGUGUAUAGCAGAGUAUUCCCUUAUUGUAAACACGGCCACCGAGACGGCCACUUUCCAGGCACAGGACACUUAUGAGAUCACCCCACUCACCAGGCCCCUCUACAUCUUCACGUUCAUCGCUGUGGACUUGGCUGAUAGAUUCACAGGCCCUGUCCCUGAGCUCCAGCUAGCCAGUCAGGUUCUCCAUGUGCUGUUCCUCUUCCUACCUCUGCUGUGGGCUCUAGGUAUGCUCUCGCCCCUGGAUGCCCUGCUCCUCUGGGGCAUGGAGCAGACUCUUGUGUUCGGCUUGGGAGGCUCAGCCAUGUCCAGCAACGUCAGGCUGCUGCUGAUGUUUGCUGUAUCUGUUGGUGUGUCUGUUUGUAACUUCUUCAUCCCAUCCACGCUGGGUGUGGUUCUCUUCUCCAUCUCCAUGGGAUUUCUGUUGAGCAUGGACCUCAGCCAGGUCGGUGCACACUGUCAAGGGUCCGCUGCAGCCUGUGGAGAUAGUGGAUGGCACAGAGGGGGGUCACCUCCUCCUCCUAGUUCCUUUGGGUGGCGUCUGGGCUGCAGGGAGCUCCUGGCAUAUUUGAGCAUGCUGCUGGCGGCCAUGGCAGAGGCCGGGCUAUUGCAUCACUUCCUUGGUUCUGUUCAGCCACAGAGCAUGUUUAGCGGACCCCAGGCUCCUGUCAGCUACCUCCUCCUUGUCCUCUUCGUCCUCUGCUGGGCUCUUAGAGAGAUCCAGGGUGCCUAUGUGUUUGGAGGGGUGUUCCUCAAUCCCCUGUAUCCCAGAGGAAUGUCCAGCGUUCAGACAUUCAAGCAGAGGAACAGAGGCCUAUAUGUUGCUGCAGCAAUCAGAAGAGUCCUUCUCAAUUUCGUGUCUCCAUUUGCAAUGAUUGCUUACCUGUCCAUGGACAAAUCUCUGCAGCGGCUGCACACAGCUUCCCUCAGUGUGGGAUUCACACGGGCCUUUAGAGUGGUGUGGCAGAGCUCAGAAGAUGCUCUGUUCCAGAUGGUGUUGGUGGUGUCAGUGCGGCUGGCAGGUGGAGACAGCACACUGCCAGGGUGGGACAACCUGGGAACUGGAGUCCAGCUUCUUCUGGUGGGCCUCCUGAUCGACAGGGUGGUCCAGUUCCUGGCCAAGCUUAAGUUCACCCUCAGUGUCUUGGUGACGUCCUGGACAGAGAAGAAGCAGCGCCGCCAAUCGGCCGGAACUCUGCUGGCUCUAAAUGCCUCCUUGUGCCCACUGUUGCUGGCAGUGGUGAUCCUCUCUGCCAUGCUCUCUGCCCCUCUGCUGCCUCUCUUCACCCUGCCCAUCUUCCUGGUGGGGUUUCCCAGGCCUCAGCGCAGUUGGCCAGGGCCUGUAGGUACUGCCUGCCCCUGUCCCGACUCCAUCUUCUACCAGCAGAUGAGCGGGAGUCUGGCCUCUGCUCUGAGGAUGGCCUUUGCAAGAGGGUCACUGGGUUCUUUAGCCCCAGGCUCUCACUUCCUUGGCCGCUUUCAGGAUCGCAUGGUUUGGAUAAUGAUUCUGGAGAGAGGCUACGGCUACUGUACUGUCAAUAUUAAGGGUCUAGAGCUGCAGGAGACUUCUUGCCACACAGUGGAGGCACGGAGGGUGGACGAGGUGUUUGAGAUGGCUUUUGAGCGCCCAGACCGGCUUGGUUUGACCCAGGGCUUUAACCUGCACUGGGGUAAUAUCCUCACCCCUUGCGCUGCCCUCCCUGUGCGGGUCUACUCUGAUGCCCGAAAUGUGCUCUCUGGCAUUAUUGACUCUCAUGACAACUUGAGGAAACUCCAGGAUGACUUCCUGAAGGCGCUGGUCUGGUUGCUUCUGCGCUACUGUGUUCAGAAACAUAAAGGCUUUCCGUGGAACAGUGAAGAAGGGCCAGGGGGUGGAGGCAGAAAGUCCCAGUCCUCCCAGCUGGCCCACUCCACUUGCAACCAGCCUGCAGAGGCUGUCAUAGUAGAGUCAAAUGUAUCCUCUCUGAAGUUCAGACAGGACAGUUCUAGCUUGACCUCCUUCGGUGAUUGGUCAGAUGAGGAUGACUUAUUUGGACCCCAACCAGCCAGGCGGACUGUGGCAUUAGUGAGUACAGAGGCCCAGCUGGGACACACAGCACUGCAGACUGGGCCUUCCCUGCCAGGCUCUGUGGAGAUGGACAGUUUGUUUGAAAACAUGGCCCUCUCAGCCCUGCAGCCACUGCAGCCUCUGGGACUUGGCCUCGGGCUUCCAGCAGUGGAUAAAGGCCGGAGCACAGAGGUCUUCAGAGAGAGCCCUGGAUCACUCCCUCAACUGAAUUUCAGCUGCCCCCAGUCAGAGUUGUUCAACCUACCUACAGGAUGGAGGACAGCCCCCUUGCUACCAUCCCGUUUGCUUCAGCUCAGGCCUUUGUUUCCUGAGGACUGGUUUCGCUUUACCCUGGGGCAGUUUGGGCCUUCCGUGCAGGGGGAGGCCUCAGACGACAUGACCAAAGCCCUGAAGGAGGAUGAAGCCCUGAAAGAGCUACAUGCUCAGGUGGUUUUGUCAUGCCUCGUCUCCCUGGGGGCAGCGUCUGCCUUCACCAGCCCCAGUUAUGUCUACAGACUGUACUGUGGAGACGUGCCAUGGACAGAAGGACUUGACUGGCUCUCUUCAAGUAAAGAACUUUAUCAGCUUACACUUCGAGCUUUCAGGUUCAGUUUCAAGCUGCUGUUUGAUCAGGCAAGUCUUGGGCCGAUGGAGUGCCCUGAGGAGCUGUUCAGCACCUUGGAGGAAUAUGAAAAGGACUGGUACAUUGGCCUGGUAACAGAGAGAGGUUGGCAUGACAGUGUCCUUCAGGAGAAACCCUUCCUCUUCUCCCUAGGACACGACCUCACUAUGGGAACUUACACAGGGCGAGUCCUGUCCCUGCAGGAGCAGCUGGUGCAGGUUGGCCGUCUGAAUGGAGAGGGGGUGCGUGGCCAGUGGGCCAACUUGUCAUGGGAGCUACUUUAUGCUACUAAUGACGACGAAGAGCGCUACAGCAUCCAGGCUCACCCCGUCAUGCUGAGAAACUUAACAGUUCAAGCAGCCGAUCCCCCUCUAGGGUACCCCAUUUACUCCUCUGCACCCCUCCACUUCCCCUGCCUUUGACCCCGUGUCUUCUGCCCUCUUCACUGAACUCCCCAUUCACUAGCAGGCUGUCCUCUUCCCAGCAAAAUUAAUUGUUAUCACAAACAAAUUCUCAUAAAAAGAGGAAAAGGAAAAACAAUAUUCAUCUCUGGAGUUUUAUUAUUAAAGCUCUGACUGAACUGAGUUCAGAAGAGAGGAAUAUAUAUGAGAACCUUUUUUGGCGGGGGGGACUUCCGUGCACCACAGGGGACAGACACAGUGGCAUUAACACUCUAUUUUUGUGCAAGUUACAAAUUCUGUUACAGCAACAAAACAAUACGGAGUGCUUUCUAGAACAGUACAUUACAACAGAUGUAUUUCCAUUGAACGUUCGUAUCUUAUCCUACGUGUGCUACUGACUGGUUUCCAUAGAAGCACAUACGUUUUGUGGUUUAUUAUUGUUUGUGCUUUAAAAAAGUGAAUAAAUUUGCCCACCUACACUUCAGGGGAUAACAUCUGGAAUACCUCUGGAUUCAUUGUACUUUUUAGAUUUCACAACUUUCGGAUGUUUCCCUUGAUGUCCACAAAAAGGGAAAUGAAUUUUACUAUUUUGUUAGGAAGUGUUAAAUUCAAGGAUGUGCCUUGGGUUUGUCUUGCAGUACAUGUAAUGUGGUUAGAAAAUAUUUGCUAUUGUUUUGUUUACAGUUCACUUGUUUACAAUUUAGAAUUGAGUUAAUUGGAGUUUUACAUUGUAUAUAUUGUUGAUUUUAUGUGUAAGUGUAUAUACUUAUAAUAAAAUAGCUUGACAGAA